UUAAAGACCUAGGCCAGUCUGAAGCAACCUGCUCAACAUUCUUCAUAUUUGGUUAACAUUUCGAUGUUGAGCUUCUUACUAUUUAUUUCUAUAUCAUCAAUCACAUCCAUCUUGCUAUAGGCCUAAUCUCGAUGCAUUUGGGCUACGGACCGUUCACGUGCAUGAUAGCCCACGGUCAUUUGCGAGGAUCCCGCCGUGAGAAUAUGUACGGUAAUAUGACACGUCUUUUUAAAGCUAUUUUUUAUUUAUCUCUGUGAUUGGCACGUGUACGUGCCCGCGCAGCAGCGCCUAUAUGUGCGCGUCUGUGCGUAGUGACGCAGUCGUUCUACACCGCGCCCUCCUUUCUGACACAUCUGGAUCUAGGUAGUAGGCCUACUGUCAUCAGCACCACUCAUUGAGCGCGGGCACGGAUAGGGAGAGAGAGAGCGCGAGCGAGCGAGAGAGAGAGAGACGGCAACCGGACAACCGGAUGCUCGGUCGGGUUGCCUCGUUCAGAACCGAGCACAAUCAUUUGGUGCUGUUGGGGUAGAGAAAGGCGUCUCAACUUUUCAUUCUCAAACCCAUUGAACGAUUUCGCCAUCGUUUGCACACUGGUCUUCUUUCGGUAGUCUUUUUUUUUUUUUAAACCCUCUUCUUGGUUAUGGCGAGCUCGAGCCUUUUGGAAAACCCAGUACAGGCGAUUCUGUACCUGCGCGAGCUCACCACUAUCGUCCAGAACCAGCAGAGUCUCAUCCAGACCCAGCGCGCGCGGAUAGAGGAGCUGGACCGGCGCGUGGACGAGCUGAUCGGGGAAAACAGGCACCUCCGGGACGCCAGGGGACAACAUCUUUACCAUCACCCUCACCAUCAUCACCCUGACCCCGGUUACCUCAACCUUCACCACCACCCCCCCGACCCCCCCCUGCUCGAGACUGCAUCUCUGCCGACACAGGUCGAAGAGCCUGUCCAACCCCCUCCGCCGACCGACGGAGGGGACAUGCAGCUGGUUCCCGCCAACCCGUCCACCUUCUCCCCGAGUGAAAGUGACCACGAAGACGGCAGAGACAGCCCCGGUUGCCGUUCUCUGGUGCCGUUGACUCCUACAUCGCAUUGUCGAUCCCUUACACUGGCCAGGAAAUCAGAGAGCCAGACGGUGCUCCAUCAGUUCUGCUGCCCGGCUCCGGAGAACCCGGAAGGAGACCCUGCCAGAUCGACCUCUAGUGGACAGAUGCUGAGUCUCGAGGAUGGCACUUCCCCUGGACAGGAAGUGGAGGGGACAGCAGGCGGGAUGAAGAGAGAAGGACCAAGCGAAUACGAAAUCACCCUGGAAAAUAAAAACAAGCAGAUCGACGAGCUGGAGCAGAAGUACGGGGGUCACCUCAUCGCCCGGCGCGCGGCGCGGCGCAUCCAGACCGCCUUCCGCCAGUACCAGCUCAGCAAGAACUUCCAGAAGAUCCGCAACUCCCUGUCGGAGAGCAAGCUCCCGCGUCGGAUCUCCAUGCGGAGACCCAGCCCGUCCGGGCGCGGCCUGGGCUCCGCCCAGAGGCACAGCUACACCCUCCUGGAGCCGGGCGGAGGCGCGGGGCCGGGGCCGGGGCCGGGGCCCGGGCCGGUCCCGAUGCGGCCCAAGACCCCCCCCCCGCCGCCCUGCCGCUCCACCUCCCUGCCCCCGUCUCCCGCCAACGUUCCCUCGUCCCGCGUCUGCGCGGAGCCCGUGGAGGAGGAGAGCCCCACCGCCGCCGCGGGCCCAAGCCCCGCCCCCUCCCCUGGGCCCACGCUCACACAGCUGGAGGACUGCUUCUCGGAACAGCUCCACUCCCUGGCCCAGUCCAUCGAUGACGCGCUGCGGGGGUGGAGCCUGUCGGGCGGGGAGGGUGGCGGGGGGCCGGGGGGGGGCCUGCCCCUGCUGGACCCCGGGGCCCUCCGCGCGGCGGCGGCCGCCCAGGGCCCCGGGGGCGUGCCCCGCAGCGCCAGCUCCCUGCUCAUGGCCUUCAGGGACGUCACCGUGCACAUCGACAGCAACAGCUCCUACACCAUCUCCUCGGCCACCACCACCUCCACCACCACCACCACCACCCUGGGCGGGGGCGGGGGGGCCCCCGGGGGGGGCGGCAGGAAGCCCUCGGUCAGCGGAGGAGCAGGAGGAGGAGGAGGAGGAGGAGGAGGAGGAGGAGCAGGAGGAGGAGGAGGAGAGGGAGGUGGAGGUGACGAGGGCACGGAGGUGGAGUUCCCUGCACCUCCACCCAGCGAGGAGCUGGAGAUGGGGGAGGCGACGUCCAGGAGGAGCUCUGCUGUACCGGCCCCGGGGGGGGGGGGGAGGGGGAGGAGGAGGAGGAGGAGGAGGAGGAAGAGCUCUGAAGGAGGGGACAGCGUCGGCGAGCGCGGCGUCACCACCACUGUCCAGUCCAACCAGUCGGCCCAGACCUACACCCAGUACCAGCACUACCAGUGCAGCACCCCCCAGCCCGGCCCGGGGGGGCCCGGCUCGGAGGCCCUGCAGGCCCUGGUGCUGUCCCUGCCCCGGGACCACUGCCGGGACCCCACCACCUGCCACUCGCCCACCAUCUCCACCGACACGCACCGCAAGCGCCUCUACCGCAUCGGGCUCAACCUGUUCAACGUGAACCCAGAGAGGGGCGUCCACUUCCUGAUCACGCGAGGCUUCGUCCCGGACACAGCCAUCGGCGUCGCCCACUUCCUGCUGCAGAGGAAGGGCCUGAGCCGGCAGAUGAUUGGAGAGUUCCUGGGCAACAGCAAGCUGCACUUCAACAGGGACGUCCUGGACUGUGUGGUGGACGAGAUGGACUUCUUAGGCAUGGAGCUAGACGAGGCCUUGAGGAAGUUCCAGGCUCAUGUUCGUGUUCAGGGAGAGGCUCAGAAGGUGGAAAGACUCAUCGAAGCCUUCAGCCAGAGGUACUGCAUGUGUAAUCCAGAUGUGGUGCAGCAGUUCCACAACCCAGAUACCAUCUUCAUCCUGGCCUUCGCCGUGGUCCUCCUCAACACGGACAUGUACUCUCCCAACAUCAAGCCCCAACGCAAGAUGGGUCUGGACGACUUCAUACGCAACCUCAGAGGGGUGGACGACGGAGCCGACAUCCCCCGGGAGAUGGUGGGUGGGAUCUACGAGAGGAUCCAGCAGAGAGAGCUGCGCUCCAACGACGACCACGUCACCUACGUCAGCCGCGUGGAGCAGUCCAUCCUGGGCCUGAAGACCAUCCUGGCCGUGCCUCACAGGCGCCUGGUGUGCUGCUGUCGCCUGUUUGAGGUCCCGGACGCCAACAAGCCUCAUAAACAGAAGCUGUCCCAGCUCCAGAGAGAGGUGUUCCUCUUCAAUGACCUGCUGUUGAUCCUCAAGCUGUGUCCUAAGAAGAAGAGUUCAGCCUCCUACACCUUCUGCAAGGCCAUGGGCCUGCUCGGCAUGCAGUUCCACCUCUUCAGCAACGAGUACUACGCCCACGGGAUCACCAUGCUGAGCCCCUUCACCUCGGAGAAGAAGCAGCUGGUGAGCUUCUGCUCGCCCAGCGGAGAGGAGCUCCGGAGGUUCGCAGAGGAGCUCCGGGAGUCGAUCACCGAGGUCAACGAGAUGGAGCAGAUCCACAUCCAAUGGGAGAUGGACCGACAGCAGGGGGUCCAGCUGCACACCGCGCACUCCAACGGGGGCCAAGUGGACGCGCACGCCGCUCUAGUCCAACAGGAUGUGACAGGAAAUAACAACACAGUAGAGGUGUCAAUUCACAACAGGCUGCAGACAUACCAACUGAGCCAGCCCAGCAUUGAGUCCACCGCGCUGGCGCUGGCCGCGCCCCCGGCCCUGCUCGGCCCCGCCCAGCCCGGGGAGCUCCGCCCCGAGACCCUGAUCCAGUGCCAGCAGAUCGUCAAGGUGAUCGUGGUGGACCAGAGCGGGCGGGGCCGGAUGGAGGCCUUCCUGAGCCAGACGCCUGCGUCCCACCGCCUCAUCCAGUCCGCCAUGUCCACCCCGGUGCGCGUCCGCGACACGGGGGACGGCCCCCAGCCGCCGCUGCCCCCGCCCCCGCCGCCCUACAACCACCCCCACCAGUUCUGCCCCCCCGACUCGCCCACGCCCCUGCAUCACACACUGCCCUUCAGCCGCCGCCGCAACUCCAGCGGCUCCCGCAGCAUCGUCUGAACACAUGGGGGGGGGG